GAUACUGGAAUCACAUUUCUUAAUAAUCCUGUCCAUAAUCUUUUUGAAGAAAUAGGUCAGAACCUUUGGAAGAUACAAAAGUCUUCACUGUGCUUGACAUUGGAUCUUGCUUUGACAUUACACCAGCUGGAGGAACCAAACAACUCUCUGUACCCUAACUGCUUUCUUCAGCCCAUGUAGGACAGAUAGGGGUUUCAGUAAUGGCUCCUUGUUGGAGACUGGGGGCCCCCUUUCUGUUGCUGGCUUUGGGGGUCCUCCGCUGCGGCCAUUGUGAUGUGUCAGCAAUGACAAGGACUAGUAACACAGUCAAGGAAAAAGCCAAGGACGAGGGUGUAAUGUCCCAUGAAAGAGUCAAGAGGGGCUGGGUGUGGAACCAGUUCUUUGUAGUGGAAGAGUACACAGGGACUGAACCUCUCUACGUUGGAAAGAUUCACUCGGACUCUGACGAAGGAGAUGGCUCCAUUAAGUACACCAUCUCGGGAGAGGGGGCAGGCACCAUCUUCAUCAUUGACGAGAUCACUGGGGACAUCCAUGCCACCGAGAGACUGGACAGGGAAGAGAAGACUUAUUACACUCUUCGGGCGCAGGCCAGGGACCGCCUCACUGACCGCCCCCUCGAACCCGAGUCCGAAUUUAUCAUCAAGGUCCAGGAUAUUAACGACAGUGAGCCCAAGUUUCUGGAGGGACCCUACAUCGGGAGCGUGGCUGAGCUGUCUCCUAUUGGAACGUCAGUGAUGAAGGUGACCGCUUCAGACGCAGACGACCCCACGUAUGGAAGCAGUGCCAGGGUGGUGUACAGUGUGCUGGAAGGGGAGAAAUUCUUCACUGUGGACAACCAGACUGGAGUGAUUCUUACUGCAGUGGCUGAUCUGGACCGAGAAACACAGGACCGCUACGAGCUGGUUGUCAAGGCGACGGACAUGGCAGGCCAAAUGGGCGGUCUCUCCGGCUCUACUACCGUGACCAUAGUGAUCACGGAUGUCAAUGACAAUCCACCACGCUUUCCACAAAAGAUGUACCAGUUCUCUGUUUCGGAGGGGGCAGCAGUGGGGACACCUGUGGGGAGGGUGAUGGCCACGGAUGCUGAUAUGGGCGAGAACACGGACAUGAGCUACCUUAUUAAAGACGAGGAAGGCGGGGAGCUCUUCCGUGUCACCACUGAUGCAGACACGCAGGAGGCCAUUAUCACCAUCCGAAAGCCCUUAGACUUUGAGAGCAAGCGCACCCACAAUGUGGUGGUGGAGGCUGUCAACAAGCACGUGGACCCCCGUUUCGUGGACCUGGGCUCCUUCCGGGAUCAGACCAUUGUGCGGGUCAGCGUGUCCGACACAGACGAGCCACCCAUCUUCCGCCCGCCGGAGGGGGCGGUGAUGGAGGUGCAGGAGGAUGCCAGACUCGGGGCGCUGGUGGGCAUCGUGACCGCGGUGGACCCUGACAUGGAGAACGCCCCUGUGAGGUACUCUAUUGACCGAGGCACUGAUCAAGAGAAGAUCUUCAACAUCGAUACAGUGACAGGAGCCAUCACCCUGGGAAAGAUCCUGGACAGAGAGACCGCAGGCUGGCACAACAUCACCGUGACAGCAGUGGAAGCAGAUAACCCAUCACAGGCCUCGCAGACCUCUGUCAGCAUCCGGAUCCUGGAUGUGAACGAUAACCCCCCUGAACUGGCUACCCCCUACGAAGCUUCCAUCUGUGAGGACGCUAAGCCCGGCCAGCUCAUUCACACUAUCAGUGUAGUAGACAGAGAUGAGCCCCAGUCUGGACAUCGGUUCUACUUCACCCUGGCCCCCGAGGCUGCCAACAACCGCCACUUUACCCUGUGGGAUGUGAAAGACAACACGGCCGGCAUCAGGACACAGCGCACAGGCUUCAACAGACAGGAGCAGAACGUUUACCUGCUGCCCAUCCUGGUGGUGGACAGCGGGCCGCCCGCCCUCAGCAGCACGGGCACCCUCACCAUCCACGUGUGCGGCUGCGACACCGAGGGCGCCAUCCAGUCCUGCAACGCCACGGCCUACGUCAUGUCGGCCGCGCUCAGCCCCGGGGCGCUCAUAGCCCUGCUAGUCUGCAUGCUGAUCCUCAUCGUUCUGGUGUUGUUGAUCCUAACGCUGAAGCGCCACCGCAAGGGCCAGCGCAUGUCUGAGGAUGAGGAGGACAUGCGCGACAACGUCAUCAAGUACAACGACGAGGGCGGCGGCGAGCAGGACACCCAGGCGUACGACAUGAGCGCCCUCCGCAGCCUGUAUGACUUUCCGGAGGUGAAGAGCUCUGAGUCCGGGCCCGACCUGCGCUCUCUGCCCCAGUGGAUUCAAAGCCGCGUCAACGGAGACGGAGGAGCGGCGGAUUUCUCCGUGUUUAAGGGUUACAUCCGCAAGAAAGUGGAGCAGGCCGAUGCUGACCUGUCGGUGCCACCGUAUGACUCCUUCCAAACGUAUGCCUUUGAGGGCACCAGCUCCCCAGCCCUGUCCCUCAGCUCCAUCCACACGCUGUCGACCACCUCCGAGCAGGACUUUUCGUACCUCAGCGACUGGGGUCCCCGCUUUCGGCAGCUGGCUGGCUUCUACUCGCUGGGGCACCCUGAGGAAGACGGCUCCUAGCAUCCUUAUCCUUCCACCAGUACGACAUUCCCCAGCCCAAUCCAACCCAAAACCGACCCCCCCCGUCCCUGCAUCCCCUUUCAAGGACAAUCCUGAAACCUAAACUUUCUCAAUUUUCAUACCCCCUUUCUUUACAUUAAAAAAAAAAAAAAUCUUGAGGUGGGUCAAGUUGUUGACCUCCAAAAUAAAACUUUGACCCUGUCUAAUGGGGUGGGAGUGGAAGCUUAGGUGCUCCUCUUUCUCCACCUAGCGGACAUGACUUUUUGAUUACGUGGCAAAGGGACAAAAAAUGAAACAUCACAUUCAUGUUUGUACAGGGAACCACAUCUACAUACCCUUGAUUUUGUUUUGGUUUUCUUUUCAGUGCAAGCAAAGUCUUCAACCUACUGGUUAUAUUUUUUGCUAUAU